ACAAGCAGCAAGGUCCCACAUCCUGGUACUUUUCAACGUUGUCAAGGAAGGCAUCGAUAGAGAGAAAGGCUGGCUCGAGGGAAGUAGCUGCAGUGUCCUGACAAUAUAUCUGUCCAAACGUUCACAAACUAUCCCGGAAAGUUAGGUGUAACUACCAGGACCAUCCGUUGUCUGUUAAUGUCAAGAUGUGGCUGGUGAGAGAUGGGAGACGGACAUAACAAGACCUAUAGGAUGUUACUCAAUAGCAUACGACAAUGUAGGCUAAAGGCUGACAGCAUCCAUAUCAGGUGAACAUUGGACGAAGGAGAGUGGGAUGAGUGAAGAUUCUGCAGCCAGCACAGUUUGGUGAAGAGCACGAGAGGUGACCAAUCAGCAACUAGCAUGCCAACCACCAAGGGAACUGGAGGGGCUGGCAGCCCACGGGGUCAGCGCUACCGUCCAGCCUCAGAGUUCGACGAUGCCACACUUGCCCAAAAGAGAGAGUACUGGAAGACCAAGAAACGAGAGCAGAGGGCCAAGCUGUCAGAGGUCAAGAGGGAAAAAGAUACAAACAGAGUGUGUAACUCCUUGGGCAGAAAUGCAGUCCAUAAGACUCUAACCUCUAUGGUGUUGAAUCCCAGUGCCUCUUGUUCAAUGGCAGGGUCUGCCCCCACUUUGUUGAAUAGCGAUGGUUCCUACCAAACCAAUGUCAGUGGUGCACCUGUAGUUUUAUUAAAGGGAAAGGGUUCUGCUAUCUCCUAUCAUCUGAACCAUAGUGCUGAAGAAGAGGACCAAAACUCUUCCUCAGCAAACCAAAAGGAGAAAUGGUUCCAGAGGAUAAAACUUGACAAAGUCUUGCCUCCGUUCACAACGUCCAGUGGAGGUCCAGGAGAAGACGCGAUGGUCUGCAAGAUGGCGGUGAAAAGUUCCCCAACAGGAGGCACUGUGAUCGGACCGGUUACCUCAGACAAACCCAACGGAGUGCUGCUCAACAGUGGCUCCUCCUUGCCUCUGGGAAGAGUGGCUGUGAGACCCUCGGGUUCUGCAUCUCGCCAACCACAGGGCGGAAUGACUGUUCUGAAUGGCAGCUCUCCUGUAGUGUCAACACAGAAGCAACUGGCCAACCAGAGUGUAUCAAGGCCUGAUGCGUUAACUGAGACGCAAGUUACAGUGCGUGUUCAGCCUGGACCGCAAACUGCUAACAUUACCUCAGGGUUGCCCAUCGUGACCAAUCAGCCUACCCCUGUCCUCAUUCCCAAAUCAGAGGGUAGGCCUAUAGGGAUGAAAGUAACACAACUAGGUGGGACAAAGCGUGCCCCGGUCACAGCCCAAGAAGUUAGUUGUAUCAACGACACAUCAGCUACACUGGAGAUUGAGGAGGACAAAGCUACCAAGCGCAGAGAGAAUUGGCGCAUCAAGAAGCGAGAACAGAGAGCGAAGCAGGCGGUUAAAGUAACGAAGACUAGAGAGAGAAUCACGAACAUGGAGAUAACAUUGCAAAAAGCUGGAAUGUUACCCAACGUGGUCAUUGAACGUCCUCCGUCUGCUUUGAGUGGACAGGGCCAUAGGCAGUGUAUUAAUAGAGUCAGGGUCCCGUUCAUCUCAGCCGGACGCCUGCUGAAGAAUGCCAGAGCAGUGGCUAGCGUUGUAGUCAAAAGGGAGUCUGAGGAUUCAGUCCUGGCUAAGCUAACUGCAGUCAACGCUAAUCAACAGACUGUUCAGGUAAAAGUAGAGAAUCCGCAGGACGCUGAACCAACAAUGCAGACUGGCAUGGCAUCGAAUGUCAUUGGUUUUAAACUAGAAGGGGAACCGAGCAGAAGGCUCCUUGGUCCAGGGCAGUUUAUCAACACUAGCCAAGGUAUGGUCCGUUGUAGGACUCCGAGACAGAGGUUCAUUGACGCCCAAAGGAAUUUCUUGGGUCAGAGAAACAUGAGAAAGUCCCCCUGUCAUGCUACAGCCUUCAAAACCUGCAACGCACUCCGAGAGGACCCAACGGAGACACCCGAGCAGAGGGUGGCCCGGAAGCGGGAAUACUGGCGUGUCAAGAAGCGGGAACAGCGAGCUAAGCUGUCAGUGGAAGUCCGCGCUAAGAUGAAGGAGAAGGAUGCUCUGAUGCGAAGAGUCAACCGGUACCAGAGCAUAUUGGAGGAUAUGAGGAAGGCGAGAGCGGCGGGCUGCAACACACUGCCACAACCAACAGGAAAUGGGCCUACCCACACCAGCGCCUCAGAGACCAUUGGAGGGUUCAUCAAGGAGGACGGUACAUUGACCAAUACCAUUCCCCAAAUGUAUCUCAUUACAGAAGCAAAAGAGACAGGGGAUGAAAUUGGUGUCAUUGGUGGAAUGCCUGUUAAUAAUUCAUUUACCAACCCUAACAUACACCGCCAACACCAACUGCUUCACAAACCCACUGCUGAUACAUCUAGUAAUGUGGUUCAUCAAAUACGGGUCAACCCACCACCUCUAAUCCGUCCUGCUCAAGUUAAUGUCUCCUGUGCUCCCAUCGGCCUGUCAAUCAGAAAGCCUCCCAAGUUAGUUUCAGGCAGCCCCCCGAAAAACCUCCCUAAUCCACACACAGUCGUCCAGCCCCAGAGUCGUAUCACCCUCACACACCCUCAAAACAUUCAAAACACCUUUCCUGGUUUGCCUACAGCGAUACCGAAGCCGGCUAGCUGGGUCAUGCAGAUGGCUGUCAAAGCUUCUACAGCAUCAGCAGCGCUCAACUUGGACCCAAAGCUGACAGAGGAGGAAAAGAUGGCUAAGAAGAGAGAGUACUGGAGGGUAAAGAAACGAGAGCAGAGGGCGGCCCGCGCCACCCGCCUAAGGCAAGGAGUUCAAGCUAGGGGAAAGACUGCCUCGCACAAGAGGCGGAACCAAAGGUUAGCACGAUUAGCUGUCGCCAUUCCCAAUGUCAACAACACACUGACUAUCAUGCCUCUCUCAAACACCAGUGUGUCCACGUCUCCACAGCGAGACCAAAUCAAACAAGAGAGAGGAUCAACCUCAACAGUCGCUCCAUGUCCUCUACUGGAACAACCCCUCUGUGUUGAUAUCAAACCAUCCCGGUGUUCACCGCCACCACAGGCCGAGCCACCAGACCCAGCCUUGAGUGCUGACAGCCAGGCCACCACUCUCUUGGUGGUGGCUUCUAUGAAGAAGCUGCUGGAGGAAUCGCUCAGCACUGUGGCUGACUGGAAAACAGAACAGCCAGACUGUAUUACAGAACAGCUGCCUUGUAAAAGUGAUCCUCAGACAUGUUCCUACAAGGAUGCUUCCGUCCAGAUGGAGGUCAAGCCAAAUCUACCUCUGCUCACCCUGGAAGAUGAGGAGAAGGUCUCCCUAUCUGGUGACCUAUCGUUGGAGGUCAAAGGAUGGCAGGUGGACGCUGACGCCCUGCCAUCCUGCCAGGUAACCAUUUGUCCAUUGAGUCCUCAUCCUAAGGACUCUCCGCUGUCAAGUCCUUGCACUGAAAGUCUGUCUUUCCCAGCUCCCCCUCCCUCUGAACCCCCCUCUCACACUCUUGGUCCCACACGGCACACGGCAGCUUCCAGCGGACCGCCUCUCCCUCGCAGAGCCCAGAGGCUGCGUGCCAAAAAAGCAGGACACCACCACUGCUGCUCCCCAGAACCCCCGAAGCUACACCAUCAGCCUCCACAACAACAACAACCACCUCAUCAACAACAUGAAAAUCAACAUCAACAACAACCACCUUAUCAACAACCUCAAAAUCAACUACAACUUCAGCAACAUCAGCACGUCCAGGCGGUGACAGGCCAGAAUGUGACUCUGGAGAAGAAGAGGGAGUACUGGAGGAUGAUGAAGAGGCAGCAGAGAGCUAGGACGGUCAGGCAGGGAGGAGGGGGGCUGAGACGGGGGGACUACGGCAGACGACUGGCCCUCAAAGCAGCACAGGUUUCGAAUAUCAUUGUGAAGACACACACACAGAGACCAGUGCAGAGAAGCGGAAGUUUCGGUCUACACACAGCACCAUUGCUCAAACUGCAGUCCUCCCCACUUCUCCAGCCUAUAUCUCCCCAGCCUAUUUCUCCCCAGCCUAUAUCUCCCCCUACUUCUGGACCCAAGGCUAGCCUCAGCAUGGUCACCAACAUCCCGACACUUCUGGUUGGAGACCCCACCACCUCCAACAUGGGACAGACAUAUGAUACAACACAGCUCAACCCUCCUGUCAACUGUACCAGUAUCUCCAAUUCACCCAUUGGUGACACAGGGUCCCCACAGACAUCUCAUAGCUUCAGUUCCGUGUCCCUCCCUUUUGGAGGUGGUGUCACUGUCCCUCCAUUGAGUGAGGGGAAAAAAGACGGGCGUCUAUUGGUGGAGAACCAACAGGAAGCGGCCCCAGGAUCGAGCGCCGACUCGCCCCGCGUUCUAAAAUGGAGACUGCGAGUGCAGGAAACCUCAGAUACCGAUACCUCACCCAUCGCUACUCUCACACCUCCUCCCAACCCUUUGACUAGCAUAAAACUCUUACCCAUUCAGUCUCCCAGUCAAACAUCCUCUUUCACCCCAACACAGACUCCUUUCAAAUAUCAAGGUGCUCAGAUUUCUCAAAGUGGGAAUGUACAAAAUGUACGAUUGCCGACAUUGCAGGGGCCCACCAAAAGCCCUAUCUACAUAAGCCCAAUGGGUCCGCCCAAGCCAGUGCCGGGGGAGUCGGAAGAGGAGACUCUGAGGAAGAAGAGGGAGUACUGGAGGGUGAGGAAGAAGGAGCAGAGAGCCAGGAAAGCAAUGAGAGAUGGGGAGAUGACAGAGAAGAGGCCCUCGGUCAACUGGCAGCCCAUCAUCCCUAACACUCAUCAUCCUCAACAGCUGCUUGAGGAGAUGGAGACACAGGAACAGGAUCCUGACCGGAGGUUCAACACCUCCGAGGACUCUGAACUACUUCUGAGUACUUCCACAGAGACAGACAUGGGCUACUUUCCUGACUUUGGCCAAACUGAACCAUUAGAAGACGAAUCAGAGCUCCUUUUCCUACACGACGAUCUUGGCGACAACUAUGACGGUGCCAUCUCGGAUGUUGUAUGGAGGAAUCGCUACCUCAUGGACUACGACCCGCUGAACCAGCUGCUGGUGUGCAUGGUGUGCGGGGAGCUCCAGUACUCCCACAGCCUGGAGGGGGUGAGGGCCCACAUCGACGAGGCCCACCCAGAUACCCUGAGCCUGGAGUCCCCGGAGCACCUUCGCAUCCUGGAGGCCUGGGACGAGCAGGUGUCCAGGAGAGAACGCUUCUUCACUAGCCAGCUGCAGCAGCACAGUGGGACGAUUGGAGGGGACAGUGCCAACCUCCCAGCAGAAGUAAUGGUUGAUACAGAGGACUCGUCAUACCCGACAAACAGCAAAAGCUCCAGAACGAUUAAAAGACUCUGAGGGCUAAGGUGAGCAUUUGAGCCUUCAUAACUGUACAGACACCAUCCAUGUCUGUAUAUCAUAAUGUUGACCGUAGCUCUCUGUAUACCAAGGGGUGUAUUCUUGUCUGUCUGUAGGAACACGUUUUCACAACACAUUGUUUACGUCCUACCUACUUGUCCUAAUUUGCAGAAGCACAAAUAGCUAAAUUCCAGACAGCAUAAAACAAUAGAGGAAGUGAAAACAUUUCUGCUGUUUUCUUUUGUGUAUUAUCUUUUCCGGAGCAGUUCCCCUACAAAGGAUGAACUAAACUUGGAACUGUAUAUCUGUAUAGGGACAUGGAACGACAAGAGGCAAGCUUUACCUCAUGAACUUUGGGAUAGACCCACACAUCUACACACACCCACGAAUGUAUCUUCUUGCUGGGUUUUUCCCCCCCCUUUUUCCCCACAAUUUUGUCGUAUCCAAUUGGUAGUUACAAUCUUGUGCCAUCGCUGCAACUCCUGUUCGGAUUCGGGCGAGGCGAAGGUCGAGAGCCGUGCGUCCCCCUGAAACACAACACAACCCAACCAAGCCACACUGCUUC